CCCGCCCAGGUUCGUGCUUCUGCCCACCCACCCCUCCACUCCCGGCGGGCGGCGGCUGCCUCGCCGAAGCGGUCCAGCCGGCGCGCCCGAGAUGGCGAAGGGCGACGACGCGCUGGCGCGGAAGCGCAACCGGGUGCGCCGCAAGCGCCUCCGCAGCAGCGAGAACGCUGUCUCCGCGCGGGUCGCGGCAAUCAUCGCCUCCAAGCGCCGCCGCAAGUCGGGGAAGCGCCGCGGCUGCGAGGGCAUGUGCUUCUCGCUCCCUACGCCCGACGACCCAUUCAACGAGCGCCACGGCAAGAAGCGCAAGGUCGAUGACGAGCCGACCGAGGACACAGCCGCCGCCAAGGACGGCGACGACCCCAAGAAGAAGGGCGCGAACACCAAAAAGGAGCAGCCGGUGGCAAAGGCCGGCGCCGAGGCCAAGGCCAAGGCCAAGGCCAAGUCGAAGGCAGUUCGCGAGAGGGCGACGGGAGCGGAUGAGGGCCGCGUGGACUUGGACCGGCCCUCCAAGUUCCUGGUGGUCUGCCUCAACGCCAUCCGGGACACGCUGGCGCCCGAGGACGGCGGCGGCAGCAUUCACGGCGCCGGCGACUGGGGCGUGGAGCUCUGGCGGUGCUGCUCCGCCCAGGCGCCGUCCGACGUGCUCGACGCUAGCGGCGCGUGCGCCACGGUGGACCAGACCGCGUGGCUCGUCUCCACCGCCUGCGACAUCGUCGCUAGGAAGGAGAGGCUUGGGAUGGUCGUGUCCUGCCCCUUCCUGCUGUACCUCGUCCCGUCCCAGGAGAAGGCCGCGCAGGUGCGAUCGAUAUGCAAACCCCUGAAGCCUCUUGGGAUUCAUUCAGUGAGCUUGCAUCCUGGCGCAUCCAUUGAACACCAGAUUUCUGGACUGAAAACUUGUGAGCCGGAGUUUCUUAUAGCUACCCCUGAGAGGCUUCUUGAACUUGUUUCGUUAAAGGCGAUUGACAUAUCAAGUGUAUCAAUGCUGGUCAUUGAUGGACUGAAAUGUUUCGUGGACCACAAUGCCAGUGACAAAAUAUUUUCUAUUAGAGACGCCAUAUCAAACAAUCCUCAGAUUACUAUCUUCACCGAUCCAUCUGAUAAAAAGGUUGCAGCAAUGGCUAAAAGCCUACUCCGUGGAAGAAUUACAAAGCUUUCUAUCAAUGAUUCUGUUUCUUCACGAAGUGCAUUUAUAGCCCAGCAUGUACACUUCUGUCCAUCAGAGGAGCUGAAAACAUCAAAGGUCAAGGAAAUUCUUGAGGGGAUAUUGCAAAGUCAUCCUAAAAAGACAUCGAAGGUUCUUCUAGUAGUCGCAAACGAUCAAAAAGCGCGAUACAUGUCAUCGUCACUUAAGCUGAAAAAUUGCACAGUGAUUGAUGAUUCACAUGGCAGCUCUUUUACGAUAUGCAGCAGUUUGGGGCUGAUGAAUGUCAUUGUGAAAGAUCGGGAGAACAUGGCAGUGACAGAUGCAGAGGAAUUUGAAACAGUGCUGGUGGUGGAUCUGCCUCCUUCAGUCGACGAAUAUGUUGAGAUCCUCACUGGGGUUGCUCUUCAUGUGAUUGGAGGCGAAGUGCAUAGUAUAUUCUGUAACGCUGAUGCGUCUAUUGCAAAACCUCUGGCGGAGCUUCUUGCAGAUUGCCGUCAGGUGGUGCCUGAGUUUUUCAAAAACCUGGAGUCUUCAUAGCAGACUUGUGUACACAAUCAGAAUAGUCAGAUCAUAUCGUGGUGCGGUUGUGGCACUUAACUGUCACCAAUCAAUUUUGUUAUUUUUUGUGUUGGGUUCUACAUGUAAUUCUCAUUUGUCAGCCAACAUUGGUAUUCAGGCCUCGACCUUGAUAUGUGUACUAAUGUACUAUUAUCUCAUACAUUGUGAAAUGUGAAUGCCCUGAAGCCCUUUACCUGGAA